AUGGCAUACGUGUUGCGCGUCUGCCGCCGAUCGCCGGGCCCGACCGAAGUAAUCACUACCGCCGAAUACCGGAACGCCGAGGCCAAACUCAUCGCCUUCACGCAGCGGGCCUUCUUUCAGGCAGAACUGGACCGUCUGCGCGCCGGACGACCUCUGCCGUUCACAAGUCGCCUGUGUCAGCUCCGUCCGGUUUUGGACGUUGACGGAUUGCUGCACGUGGACGGGCGACUGAGAUUUGCGGACUUGGGUCACGAUGCGCGAAAUCCGUUGAUCCUCCCCCGAGACGCUCGUCUGACGGAACUCAUGAUCCGCGAGGCCCAUGAGCGGACCCUACACGGGGGGGUACAGCUCACACACACCCGGCUUCGGCAGCGUUACUGGAUCCCCACCGGCCGGGCUCUAGUGAGGCGGGUGUUACACCGCUGCGUGGUAUGCGCCCGGCAUCGCGCGCGGCCCAUGGCUCCGCUGAUGGCCCCGUUGCCGCGGGAGCGAGUGAUGCCGGCGCCACCUUUCCAAGUCGCCGGCGUGAAUUACGCGGGACCGGUCACCCUGACCGCAGUGCGCGGACGAGGACGCUCUUCGUUUAAAGAAUACAUCGCCGUGUUUGUAUGUUUCACCACUCGCGCGAUCCAUUUGGAGCUCGUGUGUGACUACUCGUCCGAGGCGAUUCUAGCCGCGUUCCAGCGGUUUUCGGCGCGUCGCGGAGUGCCGGCGGUGCUAUACAGCGACCAGGGCACAACGUUUUUCGGGGCUGACCGAGCGCUGCGCGCCCAGCUCCGAACCGCAUUGGAUGUGGGAGGUCCAGUGGCUCGGGCUCUUGCUGCGGACGGUACGGAGUGGCGAUUCGUACCCCCUUCGGCGCCUCACUUUGGCGGACUGUGGGAGGCCGGGGCGCGGUCGGUGAAACACCACCUGCGGCGCGUACUGGGGCAGAGGCUGCUCAGCGUGGAGGAGUUCUCCACCUGGCUGACACGUGUGGAGGCGUGUCUAAAUUCCCGGCCCCUGAGUCCGCUAACUCAGGAUCCGGGGGACCUGGACGUACUUACGCCGGGCCACUUCCUCAUAGGAAGACCGAUUAACGCUGUCCCAGAGCCGAGUCUGGCCACCGUGCCUGAACAUCGCCUCGGGCGGUGGCAACUCAUCCAGCGACUCACCAAGCACCUCUGGGACCGCUGGUCGCGCGAAUACCUCGCUCAAUUACAGGCGCGCCAGAAGUGGACAGGAGGAGGAUUCACCCCAGGUCGGCGAGCUAGUGUUGCUCCUCAAUUCCCGACUCCCCCCCCACGAAGUGGGCCAUAG